AUGGAAGAAGUGACCGACGAAGAGAAAGGUUAUCGUUUCAAUGAAGAACUCAGCAAGAUCACCUUCGAUCCGGAAAUCUUCUUCAAUAUUCUCCUUCCACCGAUCAUCUUCAACGCCGGAUACUCGAUGAAAAAGCGGCAUUUCUUCCGAAACAUCGGUGCUAUCACGCUUUUUGCCUUUAUCGGCACAACCAUUUCUACUUUUGCAGUUGCCGGCGUCGCCUAUUUGGCGAUGGAACUUUCGAAACUAGCGUCAACGGCGCCAAAGGACAUGGUUUUUGGGCAUUGUCUGCAGUUUGGCGCGAUGAUUUCAGCGACGGAUCCGGUCACUACACUAGCGAUCUUUAAAGAUCUCAAAGUUGAACCGAAUCUUGACGCGCUGCUCUUCGGAGAGUCAGUGAUGAAUGAUGCUGUCGCGAUUGUUCUGUCUGAGACAUUCUCGACAGUGAUGCUCUCAGGAUCGGAAAAACAAAAUGGUCAAAUCCUCGUUGAAGCGAUUCUAAACUUCAUGACAGUCUUUCUGGGAUCACUUGGAAUCGGCACUGCUGUCGCCAUGAGCUCCGCGAUGAUUUUUAAAUUCUGUCGAUUCGAUGGUAUGGACACUCUCGAAACAGGCCUAUUCUUUCUUCUUUCUUGGAGCAGUUUCUUAUUCGCCGAAGCAUUAGGCUUGACUGGAAUCGUUGCCAUUCUUUUCUGUGGAAUUCUUCAGGCGCACUACACAUACAACAACUUAUCCGAGGACUCUCAAAAAGGAACGAAAAAGCUUAUGGAACUCCUGAAUUUCCUCGCCGAGAAUUUUCUCUUCAUCUACAUGGGCAUCAGUGUGUUCUCGUACACUCGCCAUAAAUGGGAUCCUUUCUUCAUCAUCUUUUCGUUUCUCGGGAUCUUCCUCGGACGAUUUCUCAACGUUUACCCACUUUCUGGGCUUGUUAAUCUGACGAGGAAGACUUCUGACAGACCGCCUAUCAGUGUCAAGUUCCAGCAUAUGAUCAUGUUUUCUGGACUAAGAGGAGCCGUUGCUUUUGCCCUGGCACUACGAGAAACAAAAGCGGGAGGCGAUGUAAGUGAAGCGCAGCAAAUGAUGUUCUCGACGACACUUUUGAUCGUCUUCGUCACGGUUCUUCUUCUUGGAGGGGCUACGACUUCUGUCUUGAGUUAUUUACAAAUUCCAGUUGGAGUAGAGGACGACUACGAGUCCUUUGCUUCCGACAAUCAGAACAAGGCCUGGCGAAGCUGGUACAAAUUCGACUCUCAGAUUCUAAAACCAACGCUGACCAACUCUGGGCCACCGUUAACUGCCACCUGCCCUUCUUUUUGCCAUAAGCUUGCAUAUUGCCUCACCAGUCCAGAAGCUCAUAUUAAUGAUGCUGAUGAUCAAGAGUUGUUGAAUACUCCCGCUCUCUUUGAAGGAGAUGAUCCUUUUUGA